GCCUGAACAUGAUAUUGCGGGCAUUGCUGAUCCCUUCUUGCAGGUUAAGCUCCUGAAGGUUCUCACAAUUUUAGGUGAGGGGAAUGAUGAAGCAAGUGAAGCCAUGAACGAUGUGCUUGCACAAGUUGCUACCAACACCGAGACAACCCGGAAUGCCGGUAAUGCCAUUCUCUACGAAUGCGUCAAGGCAAUCAUGACGGUCGAGUCUGAAUCUGGCCUCAAGGUUUUGGCGGUAAACAUUCUUGGUCGAUUCCUUCUUAAUCGAGACAAUAAUAUUCGUUAUGUGGCCUUGAAUUCGCUCACCAACGUUGUCAGCGAAGACAUUGCCGCCGUCCAGCGCCAUCGCAUGCAAAAGUGUGCAACGAUCCUUGAUUGUCUAAAGGAUCCGGACGUUUCGAUCCGCCAACGGGCGCUGGAGCUCACGUAUCAACUUGUCAAUGGCAGUAACAUUAUAGAGCUGGUCAAGGAGUUGCUCAACUACCUCGUCGUUGCACCACCUGAACAUCGAGCUCUUAUCUGUAGUCGUGUGAUACCUACGCGUAGGUUUGCGCCCUCUGAUAAAUGGCAAAUCGAAACUCUGAUUACUAUGCUAUCGAUUGCAGGUAAUCACUGUGAUGACAGCAUUGCAUGUGCAACCGUGGGCUACUUAACUCUAUCUGAGGCGCUGCACGGUUUUGCAACGCAUAAACUAUUCCGACUUUUGCGGGAUGAGCUGCCUCGGGUCCAGAUAGCGCUAAUGCACGUCGCUAUUUGGUGUAUUGGUGAAUUUGGCAAUCAUCUCAUCGUCCCCUACAAUGACAGUCUAACCGAGGGCUACAGUGCGAUACAGAUUCCCGAGGUUUUGGGGCUUUUACAAGCUGUUCUCAAGUCUCAUCUCGCCACUAUCCUCACAAAGUCGUAUGUUCUCACAGCUCUCAUGAAACUUGCAAGCCGUCUUGAUAGUGGACAGAUUGAAUGUCAGGAACUUGUGAAGCAAUUCAUCACAUCGUUGUCUCUGGAACUGCAGCAACGGUCCUGCGAGUAUCUCUCACUAUUGGAUGGGUCGUGGAAAGAAGUUCUCCCGCAUGCACUUGCUAGAAUGCCCGCAGCUGAUGCCACUAUUCUCUGUUCGAGACAACAGCAGGAGGAAAUAUCCUCACAUAGCCGUUUCUCUAGCAUGGACCGUGUGAAGAAGGACCAGGAACCGCAAGGCAGUGCGGCCCUCGCGUCUCCACCAACGGACCUGCUCGAUUUGGAUGAGCUCCUCGGUGGAACGGUGGAAACAUCUCGAGAACAGAGCUUGGCGGUCGAUAGUCACACUGACAAUGUGCUUCCAAAUGAUGUAGACCUUCUCUCCGAUAUAUUUGCUGAUGCCUCCUCUCAUGCGCCUCCCCUCCAAAUGCACUCAACCGAGCUGCCGGCAUCUAAUGUGCGCACAUCAUCGGUACCAGGCGAAAGAGUGGCUCGUGUUCCAGUCUACGAGAAGGAUGGUCUGAGCAUAACAAUGGAUCUACUAAAAAGUCAAGCGGAUAUCACGGUCACAGAUAUCAUGUGUACGUUUUUAAAUCACACACAUAAGGACUUCGAGCGAUUCAUUUUUCAAGCCGCAGUUCCACGAUAUGUCUCGAUGGAAAUGAGGCCAGCCUCCGGCACCAAAAUACCUGCUAAUAAUCUUGGCGCCAUAACUCAAGCCAUCACAGUCAAGAAUACAAUCCCAUCAAAGCCCCUGAUGAUGCGACUGAAAAUCCAAUAUGCGGUCGGUGGUCGUCAAAUUAUUGAGCAGGCUCAGGUGUCUUCUUUUCCUGUACUUUAAGAGGCAAUGUAGUGUUUUU